UCUAUGGUGGUUUGAGGACGGGGAUGUCUGUCCACAUUCAGGGAGCGAUUCCCUGUGACGUCACCAGGUUCCACGUUAGCCUGCAGUCUGCAGAGGCGAAAUGCAGUGACAAAGCCUUAUACAUCAACCCCCGGUUCAACCCAAAGGAGUUUGUGGUUUUCAACACCUUUCAGAAUGGGAAAUUUGAGGAGCAGGAGAGGGUCACUGAUAUGCCCUUCAUUCUGGGGGAGAUCUUUGAGCUGGUCAUCAUUGUCACCGGGCAGGGCUACCAGGUGAGCGUAAACGGUCGUGAGUUCUACGUGUUCAAGCACCGCAUGCCGUUGGCGAGAGUGCUGGCCCUGGGGAUCGGUGGGGACGUGUUUGUGGAGUCCGUCAACAUCAUGGGGGGAGGACCCGGAGCUAUACAGGCAUGGCCAGGUCCAGGAUACAUCGGGGCUGGCUCAUAUACGCAGCCCAUCCCUGGUGGUUUGAAGGCGGGAAUGUCUCUGUACUUGCGGGGAACCAUUCCCUCUGAAGAUAUCAACAGAUUUCACAUAAACCUGGAGGGUGGGGGUGAUGUUGCCGUUCACUUCAACCCCCGAUUCAGCGGCUGGAGAGGUGUGGUGUUCAACACUCGCGACAAUGGCCAAUGGCAAGCGGAGGAGAAGGUCAAAGAGAUGUCCUUCCGUAAGGGGGAGAGCUUUGAGCUGGUCUUCAAUGUCACCUCAGAGGGCUACCAGGUGAACGUUGAUGGUCGUGAGCUCCACAUGUACAAGCACCGCGUACCACUGGAGCAGGUGACUGACCUGGUCAUUGGUGGGGAUGUCCUUGUGCAGACCAUCAACAUCAUCAUGGAUCAAGAGGUCAUACCAGGGUAUCCAGGUCCAGAAGAUGAACAAGGACUCAUACAGGAGUACCCAGGUCCAGGAGAUGUGAGCACCACCCCACUUUCCAAGGCCAUCGAUGGAGGUUUGAAGCCGGGAAUGUCUCUGUAUUUCGAAGGAAUGGUACACAGUGAGAUCAACAGGUUCCACAUAAACCUGGAGGCGGGGAGUGAUGUAGCCAUGCACUUCAAAGUGAAUUUCCAACAAGCUGAGAUGGUGGUAUUCAACAACCUUGAGAAGGGCAGCUGGGAUAAGGAGGAGAGGGUCACUGAGAUGCCCUUCCGUAAGGGAGAGAACUUUCAGCUGCUCUUCAAUGUCACCUCAGACGGCUACCAGGUGAUUGUUAACAGUUGUGCGUUCCACGUGUAUAAGCACCGCAUACCGGUAGAUCGUGUGAGCUCCCUGUCGAUUGGUGGAAAUGUCUCUGUGAAGACCAUCAGCAUUAUCAAGGCACAAAGAAUCAUACAGGAGUACCCAGGUCCUGGAGAUGUGAAGAGCACCCCACUUUCCAAGGCCAUCGAUGGUGGUUUGAAGCCGGGAACGUCUCUUUACUUCCAAGGAAAGGUUCACAGUGAGAUCAACAGGUUCCACAUAAACCUGGAGGCUGGGAGUGAUAUUGCCAUGCACUUCAAAGUCAAUUUCAAAUAUACUGAGCUUUUGGCAUUCAACACUCUCCUGAAUCGUGGAUGGCAAAUCGAGGAGAAGCUCGGCCAGAUGCCCUUUCGUAAGGGCCAGGACUUUGACCUACUCAUCAGUGCCACCUUAAAGGGCUACCAGGUGAUCGUUAACGGUUGUAUGAUCCACAUGUACAAGCACCGCAUACCACUGGAUCGUGUGACCUCCCUGACAGUUGGUGGAGAUGUCUCUGUGAAGUCCAUCGCCAUCAUUAAGGGAAGUACAGGCGGUGAGGUAGGCGGAGGAUCAUGGUACAAUUGGAGAUUCCUGCCGAUGAUGGGUAAACAACCAAUAUACAACCCACCCAUUCCCUACACCAGGAUGAUCCCAGGAGGAUUGACUCCAAUGAAGACCAUUGCUUUCAGUGGCAGAGUGCUACCUGAUGCCGACAGGAUUGUUUUUAACUUCAAUGUGAGCAGUAGUGGAGACCUCGCCUUGCAUUUUAACCCGCGGAUGAAUCAGGGGUCAGUGGUGCGGAAUGCCCGCCUGCGUGGGACAUGGGGGGCCGAGGAGAAAGAUGUCAAGUUCAACCCCUUCCGGCAGGGGCAGUACUUUGAGAUCUUGAUUCGCUGUGAGACGCAGAAGCUUAUGUUUUUUGGAAACGGGAAGCACAUGUUCGACUUCUACCACCGGUUCCAGCCAUUCACUAAGAUUGACGCCCUGCACAUCAGUGGGGGCGUGCAGCUGUCCCACAUACUUCUGUGAGGCUUCCUGUUCUGAUGUAACUGCUCUGAUGUCACUGUUAUGAUGCCACUGCUCUGAUGCCCUGACCUGAUGGCACUGCUCUGAUGUCACUGUUAUGAUGUCACUGCUGUGAUCCCCUGCUUUGAAGCCCCCUCACAUCCCAGCUUUUAGUGCUACACACCCACUCCAGAGUCUUCAGCUCCCAUUCUCAUUUCUCUGCCUUCCUCUCUUUAAGGCUGUUUGUUUACUGGUGUUAGGAGCUGCGUUUCACAAAGUCAGUUAAUAAACACUAUCACGCAUUCUAUUGACU